CGGUGCAUGCUGCUGCUGCGUCUAACAGCGACGCCAUGCUGCCGUUGUUGAUCUUGCUGGCUGGACUCAUCGCAGGGUGUCGAGCAACAAGCACGCCGUCGUUCCGGUGCUAUCAGUGCCGAGUCGCCCGAAACGAGGAUUGCAACGAGGACUAUCUCAAGACCUGUCCCACAGAUCAGGCGUACGACGUCUGCCUCACCACCGUUGUGAAAAAUGCUCAACAGGGCUUCUACAUCGAGAAAAAAUGUGCUCUGGGCCCUUGCAACCUUCGGGACGAGAAACAAAGUCUGGGCCUUGGCUUAGACACCUGCGACCGUUCCAAGUCUUCGUACAGCUGCUUCGAAUGCUGCAAGGGUGACGGCUGCAACACAAACGGCGGGACCGCUUUGACGCUGCGGUGGGCAGCCCUUCUUCUUGUGACCGCUCUUCUAGCUUUACUGCUCUGCAAAUAAGCGUAGUAUAAGGUCUCGCCCAGUGAGACAAGCAGCAGCACAGUGACUGCACCAUCCAGCCUGUGUCGGGGCUGCAGGACAUUGUCACGACACGCCUCGCUUUUAUUUGCUCCCUUCUGUGGAUAUACUAUGAAGACAUACUGCCAAGUGUACUUUUAGCAGCUCAAGACUGAGAGGUGCAUUCUUUUUUUGGGUUUCUUGUUGUUUAGUGUUGGUCUACCUCAUCCUGUGGGAUGCGACACCGUUAAGCUUGGUUUUGGUGCCUUCGUGUCACUACUACUGUUUCUGUUGGAGAUCCACUCGCGAGAAACAAAACUCCAUCUGUGGGCCCGCCAAGUGUCACAGCCUUUUUACAAAUGGGGACGAAAUUCAUGGAACGUACGCAGUUCAAGAUAACUUUAAAAAGUAACCACGUUACAGUUAUGUACGUGGUAGUGAAGUUGAUAAAAAAAAAAGACAGGUGGCAAAGGAACACCUACGUGAGGAGCUCGUGUAUUUUAGACACUUUAAAGUCACUUUGAGAUUUGUCAUGGGUAUUUCGCCAAUAGGCGAAUGGCUUUGUUGUUCAUGGAGGAAGGCUAAAGCGCAGGCGUGCUCCUGAAGG